AUGGCCACCAGAUUGACAUCAGCCCUGCGUGCCCCGCUGCGAGGGCUUGCUACGCAGGCAACCGCCAGAUCAUCACUCAAAAUCGGAUUGAUUCCGGCGGAUGGGAUCGGGCAUGAAGUUAUCCCUGCAGCGAAAGCUGCGAUUCUCGCUGUCGGAUCGGACAUUCCCAAGCCCGAGUUCGUCGACCUCCUAGCCGGCUUUGAGCUGUUCGCCAAGACAGGCGUGGCCCUGCCCGAAGAGACCGUUGAGGUCCUCGAGAAGGAGUGCGAUUGUGCGCUAUUCGGCGCCGUUAGUUCGCCGUCGCGCAAAGUAACGGGCUACUCAUCGCCGAUCGUCGCGUUGCGCAAGAAGCUCGACCUGUACGCGAACAUCAGGCCUGUCGUCUCUGUCACCUCCGAGUCUGCGUCGCCUGCCGUCGACCUCGUCGUAGUCCGUGAAAACACGGAAUGCCUCUACAUCAAGCAGGAGACCGCCUCCAACACGUCUAACGAGCGCGAAGCGCGUGCCACGCGCCUCAUUACUGAACGCGCCUCCAAGCGCAUUGGACGCACGGCGUUCGAGCUCGCGCUGAAGCGUCCUCGGAAGCACGUCACGAUCAUCCACAAGAGCAACGUCCUCAGCGUCACAGACGGUUUGUUCAGGGAGAGCGUGCGGGCCGCCUGGGCGGAGGAGGAGCGGUAUAAGGACGUUGCUGUGGGGGAGCAGUUGGUGGACAGUGCGGUGUACAAGUUGUUCAGGGAGCCGCAGGUGUACGAUGUGAUGGUCGCGCCGAAUUUAUACGGGGACAUCAUCAGCGAUGCGGCAGCUGCGCUGGUGGGCUCCCUCGGCGUCGUGCCGUCUGUGAACGCGGGUGAUAGUUUCGUUAUGGGCGAACCUGUACACGGCUCCGCGCCUGAUAUUGCAGGCCAGGGCAAGGCGAACCCUAUCGCAGCCAUCCGGUCGGCAGCCAUGAUGCUGCGACACCUCGGGUACGACGCCGGCGCGAACCGGAUUGACCACGCGGUGGACACGGUCCUGCGCGAGGGCAGCACGCUCACGCCUGACCUGGGCGGGAACGCAGGCACAAGCGACGUGGUGGAUGCCGUGCUCAAGAAAAUAUGA